AUCUUCGAGUGUAAGAACGGUUGGCAAUCGAUGCUUAACCCUAGCACACACUGAGUACAGGUUAUGGGUAUGAAUAGUGCGACCAUCCACAUGUGGUAAGAUGGAACGAGCGGAAAGAGUGUAGUGUAGCAACAUGCACGUUAAACGAACGAUAAAAAAAAAUCGCACAGCCGUAUGGCGGGUUCGCUGCCCCACUGCCAGUGAUCAGAACAUUUAAGCGAACCCCUUCGAACCUCGCGCACAGUUCGCGGCCAACCGAACGACAAUACGCACGCACUUUCAGUUUCGUACCUCCAACGCUGCGGCUGGCAUGUGGCUUCUUGCUGACCGAACAGCGCAAGAACUUGUCGCGAUAAAGUAACAAUUACCCCCGAUCGAGUGAUAGGAGAUCGGUAGAUCUGUGAUCGUGCACUAGUGAUUUGCAACAAAUAAAUCCUAUUAGAUUUAGUGCAAUAUAUGUUUACGAAGGGAAAAGCAUCUUAAACUGUGAUUUAAAGCCACUUACUUUAAAGAAAAGUGUGUUAAAAAAAGUGUUAAUUGUGUUAAGUUUAUAUAAAGUGUGUGUAAGACGUUGACUAUCACUAUUCAUCAUGGGAGACGAAAAAGUUAAAGGUGAUCCAUCGGCAUCAUCCGCACCUGAAUACACUGUAGGCGACUUUAAUUCCACCACCAAACUAGCCGACUCGCAGAUCAUCUCCGAUGCCGAGUACAAUCCGUUCGAGCACCGACAAAUCGAGAAGCCCAACAGUACGGCUGGUUCGUUGAUUCACCUGCUAAAGAGUUCCCUCGGUACGGGCAUUCUGGCUAUGCCGGUAGCGUUCAAAAAUGCCGGUCUACUGUUCGGAGCAAUUGGUACCAUCGUUAUUGGAUUGAUCUGUACACACUGCGUGCAUAUACUGGUUAAAACAUCCCAUAUGGUCUGUCAAAGAACAAGGAUACCGGUGCUCGGAUUCGCCGAAACAGCUGAACGUGUCUUCCAGUAUGGACCAGCAAAGCUACGACCUUUGGCCGGCUUCACAAAAGCCUUCGUGGACUACGCCCUGAUGGCAACGUACUUCAGUGCCGGAUGUGUGUACAUCGUCUUCAUCGCAACAUCCUUCCAUGACGUUAUCAAUCACGAAACUGGCAACGAUUGGAGUGUGCGGAUCUACAUUAUACUAACGAUGGUACCGAUCCUGCUGAUCGGACAAAUCCGUGAGCUUAAAUAUCUCGUACCGUUCUCGGCACUUGCCAACCUGUUCAUCGUAGUCACGUUCGGUAUCACGCUGUACUACAUCUUCAAGGAUUCGCUAGAGUUUGACGAUAAGCCGAUGUUCUCCUCAUUCGGCACACUGCCAUUGUUUUUCAGUACCGUAAUUUUUGCCAUGGAAGGUAUCGGUGUAGUUAUGCCGGUUGAAAACUCGAUGUCCAAACCACAACAUUUCCUCGGAUGUCCUGGUGUGCUGAAUACGGCCAUGGGCACGGUGAUCGUGCUGUACGCCGUGAUUGGAUUCUUUGGUUAUGUGCGUUUCGGAGAUUUGUCCAAGGGUAGCGUGACACUCAAUCUUCCACUGGAGGACACGUUGGCGAUAGUAGCACAGAUUCUAAUCGCCCUCGCUAUCCUGUUCACCUUCGGUCUACAGUUCUACGUUCCCAUGGAUAUUCUGUGGCGCAAGAUUCACGACAAAAUUCCAAAGAACAGGCACAUGAUCUCUCAGAUUGCCCUACGCUCCGGCAUUAUGAUACUGAUGGGUGGUAUCGGACUGGCCGUGCCUGAGCUCGAACCGUUUAUCGGUCUGGUUGGUGCCGUCUUCUUCUCCAGCCUUGGUCUUUUUGUGCCGUGUGUCGUCGAAACCGUAUUCCUGUGGCCAAAUGAACUUGGAAAAUUCCGCUGGGUGCUCAUUAAGAACGUCAUCUUUGGAGCCUUUUCGAUCUUUGCGUUGGUGGCAGGCGCGUACGUCAGUAUUAAGGACAUCAUCGAACUCUACACCGAUGAUGACGAGCACACGGAAUAGAGCGAUCGUACCCGAAACACCAUCACAAAAUGGAACAAAUGUUAAGCGUGUUAGAAAGGGCGCAACGGCGAAACAAACAGUAUACACGGUACUCACAACAGUGCGGAACACAUCGUGCAAGGGGUGGAGUACGAAGUAGAGAAUAGGCUUUUAUUUUACGAUCGAGAUACUUAUCGUUGUGUAUCUUAAAUUAAGAUACAGAUCGAAUAGUAGCGCCAGAACACAUUUGCAACGGUAACAUACGUUACGCGUUGGGUCAUUUAUGCAAAAGAAACAAAUGCACUGCAGAGACAACGGCAUCGAUUUCUAUUUAUGUUGUGACGUACAUUUUAUUGCUCUAUUACUUACUAGCCAUAGGAUAAAUGCUGUUUUGUGUGAAAAUAAAUCUGUUGACAAAAAUC